CAACAAAAGUACAAAAUGGCGCUGGCAGAAGUAUGUGGUUACCAGGAUCGAUCCUUUCAGAGAAGUUUUGGGGGUUUGAGUACAUCAUCAGUGCACGCCUCUCUCGUGGAUGAUGCUCUGUUUAGUUCCCAAAACUUGAUGAUUCCAUAUUCUCUACCAGCAAAUACAAAUAUGACGGGCAACAGCAAUACAGAUCCAAAAAUUCAUUUUGAUCAUGGCACAACAACCCUGGCCUUCACAUUCCAUCAUGGUGUUAUUGUGGCGGUCGACUCACGAGCUUCUGCAGGAAACUUUAUUGCGUCUCAGACCGUGAAGAAGGUUAUCGAGAUCAACCCGUACCUGUUGGGGACGAUGGCGGGAGGGGCAGCAGAUUGCUCCUACUGGGAGAGGGUCUUGGCCAGACAAUGCAGAAUUUAUGAGCUGAGAAACAAGGAACGAAUCUCAGUGGCUGCUGCAUCCAAACUUCUUGCCAAUAUUGUUUACAAUUACAAGGAUAUGGGUUUAUCGAUGGGAACUAUGAUCAUUGGAUUUGACAAACGGGGGCCUGGUCUGUAUUAUGUAGACAGUGAUGGCGAACGUCUGCCGGCAAACCUGUUGUCUGUUGGCUCAGGCUCUCUGCACGCGUAUGGUGUGCUGGACACUGGUCACCGGUGGGACAUGACCGACGAGGAGGCCUACGACCUCGCUAAGCGGUCCAUCUACCACGCCACUCACAGAGACGCCUACAGCGGUGGAGUCAUCAACCUAUACCACAUGAAGGACACAGGCUGGGUGAAGAUAUCCCAGACGGAUGUUUGCGAGUUUCACUACAUGAUACAGGACGAGAAGAAAGCUGGAAAGUGAUGACUGGAAAGUGAUGACGUUUUCAUUAUUAGACCUCGGACUGAGUUACUGUGUCAGCAUUGUUAAAUCAUUCAUCAACUGUGCGACAGUUUUCUAGACAAUUAUUUAAUGUUCAUUGCUAUCUAAAAUACCUAGCACUCAUUAAAUAAAUUAUCAUUAUUA